AUGUUACAGAAUGAUGGUGAACAAGAUCCCCCAAUACAACCUCCUCAAUUAGAGAAUUCAAAUAUUAUUUUGCCUGAUUAAUUAGAUCGUCCGCCAGAUUCCCCAAAUGUGAAUAGGGCAUCUCCUGAUCAUACUAGUCAAAAUGGGCAAGAUUAAUUGGGAGAUCUAAACGAUCCAAAAGAUCCAAACGAUCCAAAUGAUCCAAAAGAUCCAAACGAUCCAAAAGAUUCAAAUGAUCCAAAUAGCGACUAUUAACACCUGCAAAUAAAACUCAAACCAGCUGAUGCUAAUAGUAAAUUAUAAAGAAUAUUUAGAAUACGGCUCUAUUUAUGUGAGAAAAUAAUUUUUGGAGCACUUGGACUUAUAUGAUUUUGAUCAAUUGAAGUGGGAAUAUGAUCCUCAUGAUAUUUUAUCGAUUAAUUUUAUGUGUAAGCAUGGAUAUGCAAAUUUGUUUGCUUGGAUGACUGAAUGUGGAAUUCAAAUGAGUGAGACAGAUCCCCCUAGAUUAGAAUCUGAUGCAUUUGACUUAGACUUUGUUUACUUUUUGAAACUGCCACAUCCUUAAGACGUGAUAAUAAGCGAAGAAAAUGUUGCUGAGUAUGUCAGUGAUGGUGUUAUCAAUGUUAAUUACUUGAAGACAUUGUUGAAAUAAAUGAAUGCUUAAUUCAUACCAUAAUUUAUUUAGGAUUCCUCUUGGCCUGAAAAUGUAAAAAAAGAGUUCUUGGCUUAAUUACACAAAUUCAUGGCUACACUCACUGAGUAUUCCUUCAGUCAAGAAGGCAUCACUGAGUUGUAUAUCCCAAAUGAAGACUUGAAUAAUAUUGAGUAAGCAUCUCAUGACAAAGACUUGUUGUAAAGAUUGGAGGCAAUCUUAUUGCAUUGGUAGAGACAAAUCAAAGACAUUGUGAAUAAUUAAGAAUUGGCUAUUGAAAAUGAAAAUGCAGGUCCACUUGAUGAGAUCGCUUAUUGGAGAUAAAGAAAAAACAAUUUGUCACACAUUCAUGAAUAACUGGAGAAGCCUGAGUUGAAAAGAAUCAUCCAAAUAUUGAGUGAUAGUCAAUAUGUCUAGAGUUUCAAGGAUGUUACUGAGAAUAUCAAAUUGGGAUCCAGUUAGGCAGAGGACAACUUAGAAAAUCUAAAGAUUCUAUAUGAACCUUGCAAAUAGUUAGAGACAGCUACACCCAAGGAGAUCCCAGAAUUACUCCCUAAUUUGUUAUUCAGAGUGAGAUACAUAUGGGAGAAGUCUAGAUACUUUAAUACUCCAGAGAGGAUUCAAGGAUUGAUCCAUAAAAUUUCAAAUGAGAUUAUUAAGAGAUGCAAGUCUAGUAUCAAUAUCAAUGACAUGUUGGACGGUGAUGUGGAAUAGUGCAUUUAAGAUUUGAAUGAUUCAAUUGAAUGCGGAGAACAAUGGAAGAAGAUUUACUAAAGAAUGUCAGUUGCAAUUGAGAAGAUGUCAUAAUUGACUAAAGGACCUAAAUGGGAUUUUAAUAAUUCUAUAUUUGCUUAAGUGGAUGCCUUCAUCUCUCGUUGCAAGGAGUUAUUGGAAAUAUGUGAAGGAUAAUUGCAAUUUGCCAGAAAAGGAGAAGGUAGUCACAUUCCAUAAUUUGGAGGCAGCAAAGGUCAAGAGAUUGAGGAUAAUCUUGAAUAAAUAAAGGAUAGCUUUUCAAAGCAUUUGAAACCCAUUAGAGACAUUCGUAAAACUGACAAGGACAAGAUAUUAGAUGUGAAAGCUUCCAAGUGGCAUGAUGUCUUCAAUGCUUUUCGUAAUGGAGUAAAGGAUUUGGAUGUUAUGUACACCAAUAUUAUUAAUAAUGCCUUUGAGAGUAUGACAACAGUUCAAUAAGGAGUUGAAUUAUUGGAAGCAUUUGAUUAAUUGGCUAAAAGACAAUCGAUCAAGAGAGUUGUUCAAAACAAGGCUAUAGUAGUCUUAGAAUUGUUCAUCUAAGAAAUUGAUGCAACAAAGCACGAAUUUGAUAAUAUUAAGAAACUAUAGUAUUACCCUUUACAACAUGGCUCAUUUUCUGGAUAGGCAAUUUGGGUUAAUUCAUUGAGUCAUAGAAUCAUGAGAAUGAGAUAUUGGAUUGAUUAGAUGUACUUCAUUGAUGACUCUAUUAAGAGAACCGCAAUUGAGAAAUUUGAGUAAUUAUCAUCGAAUUUGAAACAAUUCAUCAUAGAAUCCAGAUUGAAGGAAUGGAAGGAAGAUUGCAAAGAUCUGGAAGACAUAGUUUUGACUACUAGAUUGGAUAAGCAGGUAUUAUUGAGAACAGAUGAGAAACAUCCAGAUUUCUAAUAUAAAAAGGAGUCUUUGAGACCUAAGAUUGGCCAUUUAGAAAGCAAUUUCGAUAGACAACUAUUAAAAUUGUUGCAUGAGACUUCAGCUUGGUAGAAAUUGAUAGCUGUUGGUGCUGUGAUUCCAAGUUAUGCCAAUGAUUUUACUUAGAAUCACAAGGAGAGUUUGAGAGUGCUCAGAGAGUUGGUGAUGUUGGUGGUCAGAGAAUACAACAACAUUAUUGACUAUAUGACUGAAACUGAGAAGAAAUUGUUUGCUCAACAUUUGGAGACUGUAAAUAAGGUAAUAUAACCAUUGGCAUCUCGUUUGAGAUGGAGUGCAAAGACAAUCAUUGAUAGUUAAGUUAGGGAUUGUCGUAGAGCUUGUUAAGAGAUGUUCUUGAAAUUGAAGAUGUUUAAGACCAAUAUGGACAAGAUUGAUGGCAAAUGCAAUGAGAUUGCCAAUAAAUUGUUAAUAAAGAUAGAUCGUAAGAAGCAAUAUGAUCACAAGUCCUUCGAGGAGGAAUAAGAGAAACACAGAAGAGAUAUGUAUUAGAAGUUGAAAUAAAUAUUUGAUGAAAUAAGGAAGAUAUUGUCAGAGACUUAUGAUCCAUUUUUAUUUGAUAGAGUUGAGGUCUAAACAGUUUGGUUGAAGUAGGUGAAGUUCAUAGAUUACAAGAUUAAGGAGAGUUAUGAGAAGGCAGUAAAGAAUUCAUUGAUUGAUUUAUAAAAAGUAAUUGGUUCAGAGGAUGGUAAGAUCACUCCAGUGCCCAUCUUCAAAUUGUCAGUGGAAUUGGAGAAUCAAUAAUAAGAGUAUCGACCAUCAACAAACUAUUUGAAAUAGAUGGUCUCUUAAACCUGUGAAUAUAUGAGGGAGAUCAUGAAAGAUUUUAAGAGUAUGGAUGAAGUCAUGAAGGAGGAGAGAAAGAAGAAAUUGGAUGAAGCAAUCUUAUUAAAUUCUAAGGACUCCAAGAAUCCGUAGGCUUAGAACAUUAGAAGAAUGAGUGAAAUAUCUUAAGUGUAGUAAUAGGAGUAGGAGACUCAGAUAUCAGUAAGGAGUUUAGAUAACGAACAGAAUAUCAAGAUCAAGAACGAUAGUGAUGGUUUGAUUCAGAAGAUCAAUAGUAAAUUGAGCAAGACUUGCGAUGCUUUGAAUUCAGUCGAUGCUCACGGUUAAUGGAAACGUUACGAUUGGUAUUGGUAAUAGGCAAAUUAGAAGGAGAAGUUUAUUAAGGACAUGAUCAAUAGGAAUGAUCCAAUCACUAAUAUCAAAACUCAAUUGGAAACCUUUGAUUUACAUUAAGGAGAAAUCCAGCAAUUGGAAACCACUAAAACCCAAGAUUGCAUCAUCUUGGAUAACACUUCAAUUAAAUCUACUUUGAUUGAUAUUAUGAUCUCUUGGUAGAAUGCUUUUUUGAAUGCCACUUAAGAUAAAGCAUUACAAGAUUUGAAUUAAUUAUAUUCACUAUUCCAGACUUCAGAAACCAAUUUGGACAUUGUUCCUUAAGAUUUGCAAUAAUUGAAGAAGAGUAGUGAUCUUUGGAAUAAAUUGAAUGAGGAUAGACCAUCCAUUGAGGCUAAAUUAGGCCCAUUGGAAGAUAAGUUUAAGUUGUUGGAGGAUUAUUCAAUACAAUUGAAAGAUGAUGAUAUUUCUAGAAAGAACAAUUUAAGAAACACAUGGGCUAAUUUCAAUGUGAUGUUGGAUAGAAUCUAAGAGAGAAAUCGUAAAGUGCACAACAAUUUGUACUUGGAGACCCAGAAGAAUUUGGAUGAAUUCAUCAAGGAAACUGGAGAUUACAAGAUUGUGUUUUAGAGUAAUGCUCCAUAUCAGGCAACCAAUAUGCCUCAUGAAAAGGCAUUAUUGAAUUUGAAUGAAUAUUCUGAACAAGUUAAGCAAUAUCGUAAGAAAGAGGAAUCAAUGAAAUUUGGUUUUGACUUGUUUAAAUUCAACUAUGUUCCAUCACCCGAUUUGGAAUUCAUGGAGAAGGAGAUUGCACAAUUAUCAUACAUUUGGCACACUAAGGAGGAAUGGGAUUAAUUCAUUAAGGAUAUUGGAAGCACAGCCUUUAGAGAUGUUAAUUGCGACAAUUUGGAUGAGAUUGGUGAUGAUUAUUUGAGGAAGUUGAAGGCCUUGCCAAGAGAACAGUAGAAAUGGGAAAUUGUUAAUCAUAUGAAACAAAUUAUUGAUCAAUUCAAAUAAACACUUCCUCUGAUCAUCAUGUUGAGAGAACAAUACAUGAGAGACAGACAUUGGGAUAAAAUGAGAUAACAUCUAGGAACCAACAUAGAACCAGAUAGCAAAGAUUUCAACAUGGCUGAAAUAUUCAAAUUGAAUCUAUUAUCCUAUGGCGAUGCUGUUAAGGAUGUGUGUGAAGUUGCUAAGGAGGAAUUCAAAAUUGAAAAUGCUUUAGAUAAGAUUGAUUAGAGAUGGGCUAAACUAGAAUUGGAAAUGGAUAAUUUCAAGAAGACCUACAAAAUCAAAAAGACAGAAGAGAUCUUCACUAUUUUGGAAGAUCAUAUGGCUGUUUUGAGUGCUCAAAAAACAACUGCUUUCUAUGAAUCAUUCAAACCCACCAUUGAAAGAUGGGAGAAUUGCUUGUAAUAAAUCUCAGAGACCUUGGAAAUGUUGUCCAUAGUUUAGAGACAAUGGAUAUAUUUGGAAGCCAUUUUUGCCACUCAAGAGAAGGAGUCUGAAAAACAAUUGAUGGGAGAUAUCAAUAAGUUUGCUGCAAUCAAUUCUCAAUUAUCCGGACACAUGAAUCGUAUCUAUGAAGAUAAGAAUGUCAAGAGAUCAUUGUCUUAUGAGGGUUUCUAUUAAGAAUUAUGUACAAUGAAUUAGAAAUUGGAUGAGAGUCAAAAGAUCUUGUAUUAAUUAUUGGAGAAAUAACGUAAGGAUUUCCCCAGAUUCUAUUUCUUGUCCAAUGAUGACUUGUUUGAAUUAUUGGGAAACUCCAAAGAUGUGUUCAAAGUCAAUAAACACAUCAAGAAAUGUUUCGAAGGUAUCAAGAAAUUCGAUAUCCUCACCCAAUAAUACUAGACUGGAAGAGCCAAACAAGAUGUCUAUGAAGUCUAAGCCAUGGUUGCUCCAGAUGGAGAAGUUGUUAAAUUCACCACCAAAGUCCUUUGUGAUUCUCAAUUAGAGAAAUGGCUGGGUUAGGCUGAGAAGACCAUGAGAGAUGUACUCAAGAAGGAACUGUUCUCCACAAUGUAGAGCAUAAAGAAGAAGGAAGGAAUGCGUUGGGUUGAUAAAUGGGUAAAGGAACAUCCUGGAUAAUUGUUAAUUACUGCCAGUCAAUUGACAUGGUCUGGUGAUUGUGCUAAUGUGUUGAAUUAGAUCUACAAUUCUGAAAGACCAGAGAAGAAUAAAGGCUGGAAGGCUAUCAAGGAUGAGAAAUAAUCGUUCAUUUUGGAAUUGACUAAAUUGAUACGUAAGCCCAGUAACGAGGUCGAUAGAUUGAAAUUGGUUGCUUUAAUUACAAUUGAGGUGCACCAGAAGGAAAUUAUUGAUCAUCUUACAAAGAAUUGUCAAUCUCCACAUUCCUUUGAAUGGUUGAAGUAAUUAAGAUUUACAGGCACAGCAGUCAAUGAUAUAUUUGAGUGUAAAGUUGAAUAAGCUAAUAGCAGUUUUGCUUAUGGUUAUGAAUAUUAAGGAAACAAUGGUAGAUUAGUUGUAACAGCCUUGACAGAUAGAUGUUACAUGACUUUGACAACAGCUAUGCAUUUGAAAAAAGGAGGUGCUCCUUAAGGACCUGCUGGUACUGGUAAAACAGAAACUGUAAAGGAUUUGGGUAAGAAUAUGGCUAAAUUUGUGUUGGUUUUCAAUUGUUCCGAAGGAUUGGAUUAUAAGAGUAUUGGUAGAAUGUUUAGUGGAUUAGUACAAGUAGGUGGUUGGGGUUGUUUCGAUGAAUUCAAUCGUAUAGAAGUGGAAGUGUUAUCAGUUGUUGCAUAACAAGUCAGUCAAAUAAUGAAUGCAUUGAAAGAAUACGAAAAGAAUAAGGAGAAGUCAUCUUUCUAAUUGGAUUCAGAUGUUAUACCAAUAAAUGAUCAAUUUGCUAUUUUCAUCACAAUGAAUCCUGGUUAUGCUGGUAGAUCUGAACUUCCAGACAACUUGAAGUCGUUGUUCAGACCAAUUUCUAUGAUGGUUCCUGAGAAUGAAAUCAUUUGUGAAAUCAUGCUUACAUCAGAAGGAUUCAAGACUGGACAUGCUCUCUCCACCAAGAUGGUUACACUCUAUAGAUUGAUGAUCCAGCAAUUGUCUAAACAAGAUCAUUAUGAUUUCGGUCUAAGAGCUAUCAAAUCCGUUCUCACCUGUGCUGGUUAAAUCAGAAGAGAUAAAUCAAAUGAAAUCCAGAAAGUCAAGCAAGAUGAAAAUGCUAGAGAGAAUUAGAAGGAAAGUGAGAUGGACGAAGCCAAUCAAGAGACAUAAAUUCUAAUGAGGGCCAUUAGAGAUAUGAACAUUCCAAAAUUCGUUUCUGAAGAUGUCCCAUUAUUUAAUGCUCUUUUCAACGAUCUAUUUCCAAAUGUUGACUUGUAAGAGUAAAUAAAUGAAACAUUAUUCAAUGAAAUUGAAACUCAGAUGAGAAAUCUCAAAUUACAAACAAGAGUAGAACACAUCAACAAAAUCAUCUAAUUGUAUGAUUCAAAGAAUACACGUCAUGGUAAUAUGCUUGUAGGUCAAUCAUUGGCAGGCAAGACUACAUGUUGGAAAGUGUUGAAGAAUUGUUUAAAUUCAUUAAAUGAAAGAGAACCCAACAAGUAUCCUAAGGUGAAGAUUGAAGUGUUGAAUCCUAAGGCUGUUACCAUCAAUGAACUAUUUGGUUAUGUAAAUUCUACUAUGGAGUGGAAUGAUGGUGUGUUAUCAUCCAUGAUGGCGCGUUUGUGCAAAGAUGAAACUCCAGAUCAAAAAUGGAUGAUCCUGGAUGGACCAGUCGAUACACUUUGGAUUGAAUCUAUGAAUACAGUGCUAGACGACAAUAAAGUAUUGACCCUACUGAAUGGUGAUAGAAUCUCAUUACCUCCAUAAAUGGGAUUGAUUUUUGAAGUGGAGAAUCUUGCAGUCGCCUCACCAGCCACAGUAUCAAGAGCAGGCAUGGUUUAUUUGGACAUAAAUGAUCUUGGAUGGAGACCCUACAUUGAGAGUUGGGUUGAGAAACUGACAGAUCCUUUGGUUUAAGAAACCAUCCUUGAAUUCAUAGAGAGAUGGAUUCCUAAACUCUUCAAACAAAGAAAGUGGUGCAAAGAAAUCAUCCCAUGCAGUGAAACCAAUGUCAUUAUCUCAUUCUGUAAUUUGAUGGAUUGUUUCUUUAAGAGUGAAAAGCAAUUGUCUAUGGACAUCCAGAACAAGAGUGAUGUCUAUUGGACACUCCUUGAAAAGUGGUUUACAUUUGGAUUGGUGUGGAGCAUAGGUGCCACAGUAGAUGAAGAUGGUCGUCGUAUUAUCGACUAAUAGAUGCGUGAUAUUGAUUUGAUCUUCCCCAGUCAAAAUACAGUCUAUGAUUUCUUUGUAAACAGUGAUAAAAAUGAAUGGGCUUCAUGGGAUGAAAAAUUGGGUACUGGUCAAUGGAAACCUGAAAAUAAUAGUCCAUAUCACAAAAUGCUUGUACCAACAACUGAUUAAGUCAGAAACAAGAACAUCAUCACCAGAUUAAUCAGUAAUAAAAACGCUGUGUUGGCUGUAGGAUUGACAGGCACUGGAAAGACAGUUUUAUUGAAUGGAGUACUCCUAUAGAUGUUUGAAUACACUACCAUGAAUAUUGUGUUUUCAGCUCAAACUUCCUCAUAGAAGACUCAAGAAAUGAUUGAAAGUAAAUUGGUUAAGAGAUCUAAAAAUAAGAUGAUUCCUGAUGGCAAGAAAAUGAUCAUAUUUAUUGAUGAUCUCAAUAUGCCCAGAAAAGAUAUUUAUGGAAGUCAACCACCUCUUGAACUUAUUCGUUAAUGGAUGGAUUACGAAGGAUGGUUUGAUCGUACAAACAGAGAGUUGUUCAAAUUUAUUUUAGAUAUUCAAUUCGUAUCAGCUAUGGGACCUCCAGGUGGUGGUAGAGCAGAAAUUUCAACAAGAAUUCAAAACAAAUUCCAUGUCAUCAAUUUUGUUGUGCUUUCAGAUCAAUAAGUCAAGAGAAUCUAUUAAUCAAUUUUGGCUUAUAAAUUUUAAGAAUUCGAAGAUGAAAUCAAAUUACUCAUUGAACCCAUUGCCUAAGCCACUUACAACUUAUUCUAGAUGGUCACAAAUAACUUUUUGCCUACUCCUGCCAAAUCUCAUUAUGUCUUCAACAUGAGAGACAUCUCCAAAGUCAUUUAAGGAGUCUACUAAUUAGACAGAUUGUAUUGUGAUAACAAAAUGACUGUACUUAGAUUGUGGGCACAUGAAUGUCUAAGAGUAUUCCAUGAUAGACUUAUUAGUGUUGAGGAUAGAUAAUUAUGCAAAUAAUUGAUCAAUGAUCAACUAGUCUCAUGUCUUCAAACCACAAUCAAAGAAUGUACUAAUGAAAAUGAAGAUGACACAGUCUUUGCUAAUUUCAUGGAAGAGAGUGGAGGCAAAUACAUCGAAGUGACAUACAAUGACAGAGAGAAUCUGAAGAAAUUCUUGGAGGAGAAAUUAGUUUAAUUCAACACUGAAAACAAAUCUAAGGCCAUGAACAUAGUUCUCUUUUAAGAAGCCGUCCAUUAUAUUUGUAAGAUCAAUCGUAUUAUUAAUUUGGGUAAAGGACACGGAAUGCUUGUUGGAGAAGGUGGUGCUGGUAGACACUCACUCACCAAAUUAGCCACUCAUAUUGCUGAAUACAAGAGUUGGUAGAUAGAAGUCAGUAAGAAUUACAGAAUGAAAGAGUUCAGAGAAGACAUCAAAAAAUGGUGUGAAGAGGCAGGAUUUAAGGGAGUAUCUGGAACCUUCAUUUUUAGCGACAAUCAAAUUGCCAAUGAGGGAUUCAUUGAAGACAUCAACAACAUUCUCUCCGUGGGUGAGGUACCCAAUCUAUUCAGUCAAAAGGAAGAUUAUCCUUAGAUCAAAGACNGCUGUGUUGGCUGUAGGAUUGACAGGCACUGGAAAGACAGUUUUAUUGAAUGGAGUACUCCUAUAGAUGUUUGAAUACACUACCAUGAAUAUUGUGUUUUCAGCUCAAACUUCCUCAUAGAAGACUCAAGAAAUGAUUGAAAGUAAAUUGGUUAAGAGAUCUAAAAAUAAGAUGAUUCCUGAUGGCAAGAAAAUGAUCAUAUUUAUUGAUGAUCUCAAUAUGCCCAGAAAAGAUAUUUAUGGAAGUCAACCACCUCUUGAACUUAUUCGUUAAUGGAUGGAUUACGAAGGAUGGUUUGAUCGUACAAACAGAGAGUUGUUCAAAUUUAUUUUAGAUAUUCAAUUCGUAUCAGCUAUGGGACCUCCAGGUGGUGGUAGAGCUGAAAUUUCAACAAGAAUUCAAAACAAAUUCCAUGUCAUCAAUUUUGUUGUGCUUUCAGAUCAAUAAGUCAAGAGAAUCUAUUAAUCAAUUUUGGCUUAUAAAUUUUAAGAAUUCGAAGAUGAAAUCAAAUUACUCAUUGAACCCAUUGCCUAAGCCACUUACAACUUAUUCUAGAUGGUCACAAAUAACUUUUUGCCUACUCCUGCCAAAUCUCAUUAUGUCUUCAACAUGAGAGACAUCUCCAAAGUCAUUUAAGGAGUCUACUAAUUAGACAGAUUGUAUUGUGAUAACAAAAUGACUGUACUUAGAUUGUGGGCACAUGAAUGUCUAAGAGUAUUCCAUGAUAGACUUAUUAGUGUUGAGGAUAGAUAAUUAUGCAAAUAAUUGAUCAAUGAUCAACUAGUCUCAUGUCUUCAAACCACAAUCAAAGAUUGUACUAAUGAAAAUGAAGAUGACACAGUCUUUGCUAAUUUCAUGGAAGAGAGUGGAGGCAAAUACAUCGAAGUGACAUACAAUGACAGAGAGAAUCUGAAGAAAUUCUUGGAGGAGAAGUUAGUCUAAUUCAACACUGAAAAUAAAUCCAAGGCCAUGAACAUAGUUCUCUUUUAAGAAGCCGUCCAUUAUAUUUGUAAGAUCAAUCGUAUCAUUAAUUUGGGUAAAGGACACGGAAUGCUUGUUGGAGAAGGUGGUGCUGGUAGACACUCACUCACCAAAUUGGCCACUCACAUUGCUGAAUACAAGAGUUGGUAGAUAGAAGUCAGUAAGAAUUACAGAAUGAAGGAAUUCAGAGAAGACAUCAAAAAAUGGUGCGAAGAGGCAGGAUUCAAGGGAGUGUCUGGAACCUUCAUAUUUAGUGACAAUCAAAUUGCCAAUGAGGGAUUCAUUGAAGACAUCAACAACAUUCUCUCUGUUGGUGAGGUACCCAAUCUAUUCAGUCAAAAGGAAGAUUAUCCUUAGAUCAAAGACAGAGUCAGAAAGCAUUAUAGAGAAGAAAAUAAAUUGGACAAGGAUGCUAAAAUCCAAGACGAAGACCUUAUCGAAUAUUUCUUCACCAGAAUUCAAAACAAUUUCCAUCUCAUGAUUUUGAUGAGUAAGACUGGAGAGAAUCUAAGAAAUUAUUGUCGUAUGUAUCCAGGUUUGGUUAAUAAUACCACUAUGAUAUGGUUUAUGCCAUGGCCAGAAUAGGCUUUGGUUGAAGUAGCCAACAGAUACUUGCUACAAUUAAAAUUGGACGAUGAACUAACUGCUAACAUCGCCAAGUUCUUUGGAACUGCUCAUACCAAAGUACUCUCUUUGAGUAAUAGAAUGUACUAAGAAUUAAAAAGAAUCUACUAUGUCACACCCACCAAUUAUAUUGAAUUGGUCAAAGGUUAUAAUGACCUGUUGGAGAAAAAACAAAAUGAAAUUGGUGGUGAAGUUCGCAAACUCACUUUGGGAUUGUAGAAAUUAGAUGAUGCAGCAGCUAACAGUGAAGAAUUGCAAAAACAAUUAUCUAUCUAUCAAAUUGAAUUGGCAAAGAAGAGUAAGGAUUGUGAAGAGUUGAUGAUCAAAAUAGAGAGCGAAUCAAGAGAUGCAAAUGAGAAAUAAGUGGAAGUAGAAACCAGAUCUGCUCAAGUGGAAAAGGAAAAGGCUGAAGUGGAGACUCUGGCAGAAGAAGCACAAAAGGAUUUAGAAAAAGCAGAACCAGCUUUGAGAGCAGCUGAACAAGGAUUGGAAUAGUUAGAUAAAUAACAAUUGGCUGAAGUUAGAGCUUACAGUAAACCUCCCAAUGGUGUCGAUAAUGUCUUAUAGGCUGUCAUGAUUAUCAUGGGUAAAGAGGCAACUUGGGCGAGUGCCAAGAAGGAAAUGACUGCUCCUGAUUUCUUGUAACAAUUGAAGAAAGUCGACAAGGAUCAUAUCAUGAAUAAGACUCUAGUUAGAAUUGAAAAAAUUACAAGUGAUCCUGAAAUGCUUCCCUCCAAGAUUGAUGCCAUUUCUGUUGCUUCUGGUACUCUUUGGAGAUGGGUCUUAUCAUUGGAAAUGUAUGCCAAAGCAUUUAAAGAUAUUGAACCAAAGAGAGCCAAAGUCAAGCAUUUGAGAGAUAAGUUGAAGAAGAGCGAAGAUGAAUUCCAAUAAUUACAGGAGAACUUCUAGAUUUUGAAGUAGAGUAUUGAAAAAUUGAAGACAGAUUUGUAGAGAGCAAAAGACGAUAUGGAAAUGUAUACCAGGGAAACCUCAGUAUUGGUUAACAAAUUGGAAAGAGCAGAAAAGUUGAUAUCAGGAUUGGCAAGCACCAAAGAAGGUUGGGCUAUUAGAAGAAAGGAAUUGCAAGGAAAGCUUGAAGUCUUGGUAGGAGAUGCCUUGAUGACAGCUGCAUUCUUGAGUUAUGCAGGUCCAUUCCCAUCUGAAUAUAGACAACAAUUUGUUGCCGAAUAGUUAAUUGGAUAAGUCAGAUACUUAAAGAUCCCAUACUCCAAAGAUUGGAAUUUCCCUGAUUUCCUAGUUAAGCCUGUUCAAUUCUUAUAAUGGAAUCAAUAAGGAUUGCCAGAUGACCAAUUUUCUAAAGAAAAUGGUGUUUUAGUCACUUAAGGAAGAAGAUGGCCAUUGAUGAUUGAUCCAUAAGUCUAAGCCAACAAUUGGAUUAAAAAUAUGGAAAGAGCCAUCAACAAGAACAAUCUUAAAGAGCUAGAUCCUUAGAACGAAAAGAUGAUGAGCAUAAUUGAAUCAGCAAUUGCUAGUGGAUAAAUUGUGAUCUUAGAAAACAUGGGAGAAGAUUUGGAUCCUUCUUUGGAACCAGUCUUGAAUAAAUAAUUGAGAACAGUCAAUAAUAAACUAAUGAUGUACAUGGGAGAAAAAGAAAUCUUGUACAAUCCUAAUUUCAGAUUCUACAUGACUACUAAAUUGGCUAAUCCUAAGUAUAAGGCUGAAACCUAAACAAGAGUCACUUUAGUCAAUUUCACUGUGAAAUAAAAAGGUUUGGAAGAAUAGUUGAUUUCAGUUGUCAUUCAAAUUAUGGAAGCCUAAUUAGAAAAGAGUAAGAAUGAUUUGGUCAAUAAGAAAUCUUAAAAUGAGAUAACUUUACGUAAGUUGGACGAUGAUAUUCUGAAGAUGCUCUAGGAAAUCAAAGGAAGUUUGAUUGAUGAUGAAAAUCUUAUAGUCACCUUAGACAAAUCUAAGGAAACAGAAGAAGAGGUCAAGAAGCAAAUUGAAACCUCAGCUGUUUCAAUGAAGAAAACCUUCGCAGCAAGAGAAAACUAUCGAUCAUUAGCCAGAAUUGCAUCCAAAUUAUUCUUUGUCUUAAAUGAUUUUUCACUUAUUGAUCACAUGUAUCAAUUCGCUUUGUCCAAUUAUAUUGAGUAAUUUGGUGAAAAUAUCAAUACAUAUUAAAGUAGAGGAGCAUCCAUAAAUGACUCUUUGUAAGAGAAGUUAUCAGAUAUUGCAGCUAGACAUUCUGAAGAGAUAUUCAAAACUGCAUGCAGAGGAUUAUUCGAGAAAGAUAAACUAUUGUUAGCCAUUUAAAUGGCUGUGAACAUCACAAGUGAAUUGAGGAGUUAGAUUACAAUUGAUUUAGAGGAAUACAACUUCUUUUUGAGAGGUGGAGAUCCAAAUGCAGAUAGAAAGAAUUAACCUCACAAUCCAAUUUCAGAUUGGGUAACUGAACAAUAAUGGUAAGCCAUUUGUGAUUUGGAUAAAUUACCAAACUUUACUGGCAUCAUCAAUGCAUUCACUCACAAUGGUAAAGAAUGGAAGAAGUGGUAUUUGAGUCCCACUCCAGAAUCAGAUUCAUUGCCAGGUGAAUGGGAUCAAAAAUGUGAUAGUCUUAAGAAAAUGAUCUUACUUAAAAUAAUCAGACCUGACAGAGUUCUUUUGGCAGCCUAAGCAUUUGUUAAUGCAACCAUGGGGCAAUUCUAUACCUAGCCACCUGCAACUACUUAUGAUUCAAUUUACAAUGACACCACCAAAAAUAAGCCUGUGAUAUUCAUUUUGUCUCCAGGUGUUGAUCCCUAUCAUUAAUUGGAGCAAUUCGCCAAGAUGAAGGAUUGCUAAUUGCUACCAGUAUCCUUGGGUUAAGGUUAAGCUUAAAAGGCCAUAGAUAAAUUAUAUGAAGGUAGCAAGGCUGGUCUAUGGGUGUAUUUGGCAAAUUGUCAUUUGAGUUUGAGUUUCUUGAAAGAAUUGGAGAAAUGCAUGGAAACUCUGAGAUAAUCAGAUGCCACAAGUGAAAAGUUCAGAUUAUGGUUGAGUUCAGCUCCUCAUCCUAAAUUCCCUAUUAGCAUACUUUAGAAGUGUCUAAAGGUGACAACAGAGCCACCUAAAGGAGUAAAGGCUAAUAUGAAUAGAUUGUACACCAAUAUGUCAUAAUCAAAAUUUGAUCCUUCAAUUCUUUCACAAUAGAAAUUGACCAAUCAAUUACACUAUAUGAAAUUAGUGUAUUCACUUUGUUGGUUCCAUAGUUUAAUUAUUGAACGUAAGAGAUUCAAAUCUAUGGGAUGGAAUGUUAUCUAUGAUUUCAAUGAUUCAGAUUGGGAGACUGCUGAUAAUAUUCUUUUGAUGUAUGUUGAUUAGACAUAACAUGAUAGUAAACACAAUUAACAAUAAUAAUAAUAAUAACUUGGAUAACAAUAAUAAGAUUAACCAGUGUAGAAGAGUCCUCCUUGGGAUGCAAUCAGAUAUCUAAUAGCUGAUGUUAUCUAUGGAGGUAGAGUGACAGACAAGUAUGAUUAGAGGUUGUUGAAGGUGUAUGCUAAUAGUUUCUUCUAAGAUAAGAUUAUUUUCGAAGAGAAAUAUAAAUUGGUUGAGAAUUCUUAAUACUAUUAUAUUCCAGAGGAAUUCAAACCAAAAGAAAGCAAGAAUGAUAAAAUUAGCAAUCAUGUAUUGUUCUACAGAAGUAAGGUUGAAGAUUUCCCACCAGUGGAGAGAGCUGAAGUGUUCGGCUAACAUAUUAAUGCUGAAAUAUCCUCAUAGAUUGCUGAUACAAAUGCUCUCAUUGAUUCUAUCAUCUCAUUAUCACCAUAAUCUGUGAAGGCUGGUGAAGAAUCAAUGGAAACCAAAGUUUAGAAACUCAUCCAAGAAACCUUAGGCAAAGUUCCAGAAGAAAUUGAUAUGCAAGAAGCCAUUGAGAAAGUCAGACCUGGAGAUCAAAAUCCAUUGAAAAUAGUGUUGAUGUAAGAAAUUUCUAGAUACAACAAAUUAUUAAAUACAGUCAGAACUUCACUCAUUAAUUUAGACAAAGGUCUCAGUGGUCUAGUGCUUAUUUCGGAAGAUCUUGAAACCAUCAUGCACAGUCUAUUUGAUAACAAAGUUCCUCAAUAAUGGAAAUUCUGUUAUCACUCCUUAAAACCCUUGUCAAGUUGGAUCAUUGAUCUUGAAAAGAGAGUAGCACAAUUGAGAAGUUGGAUCAAAUAAUAACCCAGUGUCUUUUGGAUUUCUGGAUUCUCAUUCCCUACUGGAUUCACUACAGCUUUAUUGCAAUAGAGUGCCAGAAAGGUCAAUACUCCAAUUGAUCAAUUCGGAUGGGAAUUCUCAUUCCUCCCACAUGGAUCUGAACCUCAGGCUGCCAAAGAUGGUGCAUAUAUUCAUGGUUUAUUCCUUGAAGGAGCAAAAUGGGAUGAAAAGAAUUACAUAGUAGAUGCUGAACCUAUGAAAUUACACGAUUAAAUGCCAAUCAUCCUCUUCAAACCAGUCAGCCAAGAAGGUAAAAGCAAAUCAAAGAAAGGUAUACAACGAUCAUAUAUUUUAGGUUAAAACUUUUAUUUAUGUCCCACAUAUUAUUAUCAAGUACGUUGUGGUGUCAUGGAAAGACCAUCUUAUCAGUUUGAUGUGAUGUUGCCCUGCAAACCUAAUCCAGGCCAAGCUUCAAAUGAAGAAGAUUUCUGGAUUAAAAGAGGUACUGCUUUACUAAUGCAAUUAUCAGAUUGAUUAUAA